GUUGUUCGUCCCGCUGCACACUGAGCACAGGACGCAAAUUAGAACAGUUUCGCGGCUGCCGGUGGACGAGCGAAUGGGCACGAGUUGCUUUGCAAGCGCUUGCUGUGUUCCUGUGCAACAACAACAGAGUCAGGCGGCCAACUCCCCCAGGAGGAGCCUGUGAAGUCGGAUGAAGAUGAAGGUCAUCUCCCAGUCAGACCUGUUCAGCUCGGCUCACAAUGGAAACCUUAAGCUCUGGAUGAAAGGAGAGAAAAAAACAAUAGAUUACGGCACUUUUCUACCCACACUAAAUAUUAGUUCUGUUUAGUUAAAUUUGUUCGUGUUGUGGUCGAUUCCAUAAGUAAUUCGGAAAGACAGAGUGGACGGAGGCACUGUACGUAGGGAAAGCGAGCAGAGGUUCAGGUAAUUAGAAGGUACGGUCUGACUGACCACAGGUCUUGGUUCGAUUCCCCUGCUGUGGAGUGGAGCUGGGGGCGUGCCAGGACAUUCCGUGUGUCACUGUCAGCACAGCCGGCUCUUAUUUUGUAAUUUCCUUUCAGGAAAAAAAAGAGUGUAAGAGGAGUAGGAGGAAGUAUGAUUGCUCAUUUGCUCCUUUUUUCUUUCAGUUCCUUCAAACAGCUCCAGGAAGGUGGAGUGUGUUUCUUUCUAGCUCUGUCAAUGUUUCAUUCUUGAAGCCGUUUUAAGGCAGUUCACUUUGUUUAUUUCUUCUUUUUUUUUUUUCAAAAUGGAUUGUUUGAAAAUGCAGAAAGCAGCAGAGCACAACAUGAACAUUCAUCCCAUGUGGCAGGGACCCCUCGCGGUACCAGGAGGCGAUCGCCAGUCCCCCAUUGACAUCAUUCAACGGAAGAGCGUCUUUGACUCGGAGCUGAAGCCUCUGGUCCCUGAUUACGACCCAGACACCUGCCAGCAAAUGUGGAAUAACGGUUACUCCUUCCUCGUGGAGUAUGACGACACUACAGACAAGUCGACGCUGAAAGGAGGCCCCCUGCAAGACAAAUUCAGGCUCUGUCAGUUCCACUUCCACUGGGGUGAGUGCAACGACUGGGGGUCAGAGCACACCGUGGACAGGAGGCUGUUCCCUGCCGAGCUCCACUUAGUCCACUGGAACUCUGACAAGUAUAGUCUGUUUGAGGAGGCCGUGAUGGAGGACAACGGCCUGGCUGUGAUCGGAGUCUUCCUGAAGGUGGGAAAGAGACACGAGGGGCUGCAGAAACUGGUCGAUGCUCUGCCUGCGAUCAGACACAAGGAAAGCAUAGUGGAGUUUACCAGGUUCGACGCAGCCUGCCUGUUACCGAGCAACAUCGACGACUACUGGGCGUACCACGGCUCUCUGACCACACCUCCUCUCACUGAGUCUGUUUCCUGGAUCGUUAUGAAGCAGCCCAUUGAAGUCAGCCAUGAUCAGCUGGCGGUGUUCCGGAGCCUCCUGUUCACCUCGGCAGAGGAGGAGGUGCAGAAGAGCAUGGUGAAUAACUUCCGCGUGCAGCAGCCUCUGCGGGGCCGCACUGUCCGCUCCUCCUUCUCACCCUUCCUGCAGGAGGCGCCGUCGGCUGAGGACAAGCACAGCCACUGAUGCUGCUGGACAGAGUACACACACACACACACGAUCCUGUGUCUUUAAUCUAUUAUUUUUAAUUGUUUUAAAAAGUCUGGCAUCAUACAAUGAACUGCAGUUACACAUGAUGCUGUAAAAAAAACGGUUACUGGAUACAUUUUACAUUUUAUCAGGGUUACUGUGCACGAGUUUGUACCUUCAGAGAGCAGAGAGCGAGCUGGUCGUUAAAUCGUCAGCACAGUCCGCUCUGACUUGUCUCGCUCGUGAUGAAUGUUUCUCUCCAUGUAAGGAUUUUGGAGGUGCUGUCUGUUUACACGACAGACCAGGACCGGAGUUUACUGCCUUAUGUCUCUUCACUUGUUACUUACGUAAUAUCCGCGACCUUUAAUGGUUUUUAAAUUCCUUAUUCUUGCUUGUUCUUGGGUUUUAUCCUGGAUUGUGUCGUCGUAUGCGUCCAUAUCAUGCAUACAUUAUGUGUUCUCUACAUCUGUUAUAAAGAGAUUAUACUGUAGUGUGUACAGUACGUCUGAUAUUCAGAAUUUCUACCGCGUAAUACUGUCUCAAUUCAUGGGCUGCACCCUUCAGAGGCGCCGUCACACCAGAUCCAAUUACAUUUUUAAUUGAGACGCAGCUUUGGAAACAGAGCCUUGUGUCAAAUAAGUGACUUGCAGUAAAUGCACAAACAUGCCAGGCUGCUGUAGCACAUGUACUUAAUACUUAAUAAUUACAACAAUAAUACUAAUAAUGAUCUGAUCUCGUGAGUACUGUAACCACACAGUGCCUUAAACGCUCUCGGUGCGACUCACUGCUGCUGCACAGUGCAAUCAAAACCACACCAGCUUCAGCCAAACUGUGGCUCAACUGCAGUCGCUUGAUUUCUCACCGAGAUUCGCGUUUCUCUUCCUCUGAAUGAAGUAAAUGGACUCGGUCAAGCAGAUCCUACAGAGAACUCUGCUCUGGAACUGAGAGAUGAUGCAAAUUCACCACUACACUUCUAUAUAUCGACCAACAGAUGUGUCAGUUUCCUUUCUUUUUUAUUUCCUUUGUUUCUAUUUUGUGGCAGAAGAAUAAUCAAAGCAACACAAUCCCAUUGCACUGUUAUGGGGUUGAUAAUAUAUUAUUAUUAUUAUUAUUAGACUUUAACAGGUCUAAGCUGCUUCUACUUUGAGAUAUUAUUUUAAACGAUGCAGUGAUGCACAAGUGAUACUAGCAAGAAUAAUUGUGUUGGACAAAUACUGUAUAUUAAUGCUGUGUAUAUACAUAUAUAAAUAACCGACUGUCCGGGUACUACUACAUGAUGUUAUAUUGGCUUUGACUAUUUCACCUAUGUAAAGGGAUAGUUCAGGUUUUUUAAGGUGAUUUUAUGAGGUGUUAACACAGUUUGGACAUAAUAAAAUCCCCACCAUCUUAUAGGCUUCAAUAUCUUAAUAGGUUCACCACUUGGACUGGAACCUUUAGCUCACAGCAAACAGGAGGAGUUGCUGCUUCACCUGCCGCCUCCAUCUGUAAACUCAGAUUUACCUCACUCACACAAACUCUGCAAAGAAGAUUUUCUCUUUGAUUGAUUUUGGUUCUCAAAUUGAUUCACUUUGCAGUCAGAAAAUACAGCCGUGUAACAUCGAGAUACAGCAAAUUAUAUAUAAAAGAUAUUUACAGUUUAAAUACAUUUUAUUAAGUCCGUGUUAAGUGGCUGGAAGUAGGUUUUUAUGUGUGUUGUUUUAUGUGUUCAUGGUGUACUCGUAGUUGUAGUCGGAAUAUCUAAAGUUCCAACUGGAAUGCCUCCAACUUGGAAAGUCAAGAUAAAAUACAGACAAGAUAAAAGGAGAAAAGAAAAACCCACACACUCUCUUAAGUGUGUGUUGUCUGUCUUUCCCUUUUAAUGAUGCACUUUGAUUUACUGCAACAAUUCAACGCUGCAGCAAAUCACCGCCAAAACACAAAAGCAGUGGCGAGGAUUUUGUCACGAAGCAAACUCGUGUAAUCUUGCAUCAUCUCAGGAAGUCGGGAAAGCUUCACGCGAGAGAGAGAGAGAGAGGAAGCAGAGAAGACAGGUUUUUUAAUUUGAGCGAUGAGAGGACACGGUCGUCUUCACAGUUCCUGUGUAACCAUGCAAAUGUGCUACACAGACAAAGUGGGUAUAUGUAGAGAGACACUCGCUGAUGUUAAUCUACUGUGACGGCUGCAGACCUGUUAGACACACACUGAAGAGGCCACAGGAGGACGUGGAGUGCAGGGAAAGACUGUAGUGGGUGCAAACACUAUGUGGAAUGUGUGUGUGUGUUUGUUAGUAGUUCAGAAAGUGUGGUUGUAUAAGUACUGAAGGAGCGUGUCCGUGCAAAGCACACAGAUGCUCACUCUCACUGAGAACAAGCCUCAACACAAGGAAAACCGCAUUUUAGUCACGUAACCAAAGCUUCACCGAAGAACAUCUUCACCUGCUUCAAUCACUGAUAUCUUAAGAACGUGUUUACGUCUUAAUUUCACAUUUUCUGUCUGGAAACCAGAGUUUGUGUCAAUCCUGCGCCAAAUCCCAUAGAGAAAAUCACCGAUUUUACAUCACAGCUCACAAGAGCUCUCAAUCCACUUCUUCCACCUUCAGUAAGUUUGAACGUGUCGUUUCGUGGCUUCUGUGUUUGAAAUCCGUCACUCAGAUUGACCUGAAUGACACAAGUGUACAUGUUAUAAGAUGAGAAUUUGUUUUCCCAUGUUAGGGUUAGGUUUUCAUGUCUUUGCACUCAAAAUACCUGAACUAUCCCUUUUCACGGAAUGUCGUGUGGUCGCUAUGUGGUAUGUAUGACACUAACGCGGAGAUAAGGGACCCACUGUUGCGUUCAUCUUGUUCGACUUUAUUUUAUUGAGUGAUUCAUGCCUUGAUUGGUGUCUUGUGGUCUUUUACUUUUUUUUUCUUUUUUAAAUGAAAAUGCAAUUCAUGUCCGUUCUGUUGAAAACGGCCUCCUCCCCUCCCCCCCUUGUCGUUCAGCAUCGCCUCCAGCCUUCUUCCAAAAGUGUUAGUGAAUGUUGUUGUUUUCCUUCCUCGCCGCGUUUUGCCUUCUGUGGCUCAGCGUGAUGUUUUAGCAGGUGCACGCGAUGUUCGCUGCACGCGGGAACGCGCGCGGCGCCGCUUAUUGGAGGAGUUUAUUUGUGCAGCGGGCAGCCGACAUUCCUGUGCCCUGCAGAGUCCGAGAGGCCCCCGUCUCCUCCCAACAUGCUUUGCUCCACCUGCAUGGGACCCAACGUUCGGCCGAUGGACCAGGAAGUGUUUUCUUUCCCCAGAAACCCCCUGUUGUUUGGGGUGGUGGUGGUGGUGGUGGUGGGGGGUCACAUGAUAUACAUGUAAAAACAACUGACGGUCAUAGAUGUAUAGCAAUAAUAAUACGUUAUAUAGCAAUAAAGUAUCAUGUGUUGGUAAAAGAA